UCUCGGUCACAGGCGGCCGUGGGAGCCGGGCAGGCCCUCGGCGAUGAUCCGGCAUUAGGGAUCUGGGGCUCUCCUCUAUCUCAGGUGGUUUGGGGAGAGUGUAGGGGCAAGCAAAGAUCAUCUACUUGACUAGGCCUUUUGCCCCGAACCUCAUGAAGAAAUGAUAGGAGGCAGACAUACGUGCCUGAGAAGAGCACUGAGCUCAGCGGAGAGCGACUCGGAGAUUUGGGGGUGUGCUUUGAUUUGUGUACAUCAAUGGCAGAAUCCUCCAGCGAUUCAGACCACUUCCGCUCUCGUGACCGAUUGAGUCGAUGGGCUGCGAGGUCCAUACACAGGGAACUUCGGAACCGUCCUGCACUAGAUGUCACCGAGAAGGUCAACACUAUAACAAGUACCUUACAGGACACCAGUCGGAACCUGCGACAAGUAGACCAGAUGCUUGGACAAUAUCGAGAAUAUAGUAAUGGACAGGCAGGUGCUAUAGAACACUUAAAAGAAAACUUGGAACAAUCAAUAGGCCAACUGCGAAGUCAACGUUUAUUGAGAAACUCAGGAGGGAGAAGUAUUUCUGUUACAAGUCUGAGUGCAAGUGACCUUGAUGGUGGCACUGUGACAGAAAGCCACCGUUUUCCACCUACUUCACCUCUCAAGGACUAUGGGGAUCAACAGGGUAGUAAACGAAUUAGAUCCAGAGCUGGUGUCCGAUUUGUUCGAGAGACUGAUGACGUGGGCCAGCUUCAUGCUUUUCAUCAGUCCCUCCGAGACCUCAGCAGUGAACAAGUUCGCCUUGGAGAUGAUUUCAACCGGGAAAUCGCCAGAAGAAGCAGGUCAGAUGCUGAAACAAAAAGGACUUUGGAAAGAUUGACUGAGAAACUUAGUGAAACCCAAAAACAAGAAAUGGUUUCAGAUCGGGUGGAGCGGCGGCUUCAGGAACUGGAAAGAGAGAUGCGCACGGAAAGAGAGCUGGUGGAAAGACGUCAGGAUCAGCUGGGACUCAUUUCUUUGCAGCUACAAGAGGCAUUGAAGAAACAAGAAGCUAAAGCACAUGAGGAUGAGGGAGUAAUGAAAAAUAAGCUAAAACAAACUGAAACUGAGAAGAGUCAACUUGAACAGGAACUGGAGCUAUCGCGAAGGUUAUUGAAUCAGUCAGAAGGCAGCAGAGAAACACUUUUGCAUCAGGUAGAAGAACUCCGUACACAACUUAUGAAAGCAGAAGGCGAUCGAAAGGGUUUACAACAUCAAGUAUCUCAGGUUUCCAAGCAGCACUCAAACCAUCAGGAUGAACAAGGAGACGACUGGAGGUUUAGGAGAGGCAUUGAGCGGGAAAAGGAGGAUCUGGAGAAGCAGAUGUCAGAUUUGAGAGUACAGCUGAACUUCAGUGCAAUGGCCUCCGAGUUAGAAGAAGUGAAGCGGUGCAUGGAGCGAAAAGACAAGGAGAAGGCACAUUUGGCAGCGCAAAUAGAGGAUUUAACACGUGAAUUGGACAACAAGGAAAAACACCAAUUGCAGAUGUUAGAUCAACUUCAGGAGAUCCAGAAGCACUUUGAGACAUGUGAUGCCAAGCGAAAGCAUGCUGACCUCCAGAUCUCGGAGCUGACUCAGCACGCUGAGGAUGCAACCAAGCAGGCCGAGCAGUACCUCCUCGAGUUCCAGCAGUCAGAGACCCUGAGACAGGAGGCGGAGAAGAGGAGGGAAGAGUUGAAACUGAAAGCUCAGGAGUCCAUUCGGCAGUGGAAGCUUAAGCAUAAGAAGUUGGAGCGGGCAUUGGAGAAACAAGCUGAAAGUUUUGAUCAACUGACAGACAAGAAUAAUCAGAUCCUAAAAGAAAAGGAUGAAUUGAAAAGCCAGCUUUAUGCAGCGUUACAACAAAUAGAGAAUCUUCGAAAGGAAUUGAACGAGGUCAUAACCAAGCGUGCCCUUCAAGAGGAGGAGCUGCACUGUAAGGAGCAGAAACUGAGCGACAUUAAGGCUCAUCAAGCUGACCUUGAAUUGGAAGUCAAGGGUAACCUGGACACCAUCCAUAGGCUAGAAACUGAAUUGCAGAAGCAGAGUAAGAGUCAAAGCCAGAUGAAAGUUGACAAAGCUCACCUGGAGGAAGAAAUUGCAGAGCUAAAGAAGAGCCAGGCCAAGGACAAAGCUCAACUUCUUGAGAUGCAAGAGGCCAUCAAGGACUUGAGUGCCAUCCGGGCAGAUCUUGCCAAUAAAUUGGCUGAGGAACAAAAAGCCAGAAAAGAGGUGCUUAAGAACCUUUCUGACCUCAAGACUCAGGCGGAAUCUAGAGAUGAAGAAACGGCUACAAUCAUCGCACAGUUAAAGCUAGAACGAGAUGUUCACCAGAGGGAGCUGGAAGAUCUCACAUCAUCCUUGCAGAGUGUGAAAACUAAACACGAACAAAAUAUCCAGGAGCUGAUGAAGCACUUCAAGAAAGAAAAGAGUGAAGCGGAGAAUCACAUCAGGACACUGAAGGCAGAAAGCUUAGAAGAUAAGAAUACGGCUAAAGUCCAUCUUUGUCAGCUGGAGAAGCUGAAAGCACAGUGUGACAGGCUGACAGAGGAAUUAACGCAGAAUGAAAAUGAGAACAGAAAACUGAAGCUGAAAUACCAGAGUUUGAAGGACCAACUAGAAGAAAAGGAGAAACAUAUAAGCAAUGAAGAAGAGCACUUAAGGAGGAUGGAAGAGGCCAGAUUGCAGCUCAAGGAUCAACUUCUUUGUCUGGAGACUGAACAGGAAUCCAUUCUUGGUGUGAUAGGAAAGGAAAUUGAUGCAGCUUGUAAAACCUUCUCCAGGGACUCGAUGGAGAGAUUGAAAGUUUUUUCAUCUGGUCCUGAUAUUAAUUAUGACCCACAUCGCUGGUUAGCAGAAAGUAAGACUAAACUUCAAUGGCUCUGUGAGGAACUGAAAGAGAGAGAAAACAGAGAGAAAAGUCUGCGGCACGAACUAAUGCUGUGUAGACAGCAACUCAGGAACAUGACUGAAAACAAGGAAUCUGAGCUCCAGUGUCUCUUUGACCAGAUAGAAAGGCAGGAGCAGCUUCUGGAAGAAAUACAUCGGGAGAAGAGAGAUCUGCUUGAGGAGAGCCACAGAAAAGAUGAAGAAAUGGAAUCUCUGCAGGACCGUGUGAAUGUGUUAGAAACGAGUACCCGAGUGGCCUUGGACCAUCUGGAGUCAGUGCCUGAGAAACUGAGCCUACUAGAUGAUUUCAAAGGCUUUCAAGAUUCCCACAGUUUAUCCGACAGAAUCGAUGGGAGAUACUCCAAAUACAGAGUUCACAGAGAGUCUCUUCAGCAGUGCCGCGAUGACCCCAAGUACAGAGUCAGAAGCUUCAAAGAUGACCAACCCUUCGCUGAAAGUCCCCAUGCGCAUGGGUUAGAUCACUCAUCCUCUUGGCAGGAUCGCAGUCACUUCCUGUCUAGUCCAAGAUUCUCACACUUUAACUCAUUUACCAAAAGACCUUCUGCUCCCAAUUCACCUUCAAUCAAGGAAGAUGCCACAAGAUUACCAAUGGAUGGAACAAGCUUACGAUCCAAAAAGGAGGAAUAUGAAAGCAAAAGAAGCAAAAUGUAAUUAGUUGCUUUACACGAGUGUUUUA